CUCCAGACACCAUUCUACUUGUAUCUCUGGCCCAAGAUCAACCCCUUGGAGUAUAUCUCACCAUGGCUAGCACUCAGCAGCGUUGAUUACAAAGCUCGUGAGGAGAUCUUCCUCCCAAUGGAAGGGAAAGCCGUAACGCCCGAGGACGUACAGGAGAAUGACGAAACUCCUGCUCAGGAGACUUCCGGGUUUCAAUUCAUAAACCAGACUGGGAGCAAAAUCAAGGAUCCCAAGAUCAAGAAGUUGGUCCGACAGAAUGCCAUAAACCAUGUGUCGAAAGCCAGGGAGAAAGAAAGAGUGCGGCCGACACACGUUCGGCCCCUCGUGCAAGGUUACGUCGGAGAAGCCUCAGGAUCGGACGCGGGGUCGGACUUAAUUGAGGAUACUCAUCCACUUAAGGCCAGCGUCACCCAGCUCAACGACUAUUGGUCUUCGGAGAGAGACCCAGGUUUCACUGGGUCCUCGCAGCCGCCAACUACAGCUUUCACCCCAACUCAACUGCUCGCACUUGCCGAAUCCACAGCGGGGUUUGGCGAGCUCAAUCUGGGUCAACAAAGCUCUGCCGCAUCCCCAGAGUCCUCAACUUCGCUUGCGGAACACAAAAGGUUCUCGAGUGGAGCAACACAGACCCGGCCACGGAGAGCAAGAUUUCAACGCGGAUGCCGCACUUGCAGGAAGCGUCAUGUGAAAUGCGAUGAAGGAAGACCAGCAUGCCUGCGCUGCUUGCGAUCAUAUGGUUCCUGUGAGGGUUAUCCGACCGAUGGAACAGGAAUACACACCUUUGACUCCAACAUCCCAACUACUUCGAGAAAUCAGCUAGCAGGUCAACGUCCUGCAGCUGGCCCAGUCUUUUCGAGUGAAACAGAAGCACUAUAUUUCAGGCUCUUCCUAGAAGAGACUUCUCUCGAACUGAUUGGGGUCUUCGACACAAGUUUCUGGGGUAAAAUCCUCCUGCAAGAAAGCCACCAGCAAGACUUUGUCCGGCACGCGAUUGUGGGAAUCGCAGCUCUCAGCAAGUCGAUCAAAACGAAAGCUCUGACCGUUGCGUAUCCUGGCACGUUUGGGGCGAUAUGGAAGGAAGAAGCAACCAAGCAACGGGAGUACGCUCUGACGCACUUUGGGAAAUCGUUGACGGGUAUGAAAGCUGUUCCUUGGGCUGGAGAAGACUACUUGAGGAAGAUCUCAAUUGCUAUCCUCUUGGUCAUAGUCUUCGAAACAAUGUACGGCCAGCCAGAUUUGGCUUUCUCUCAUGCGAUUAUUGGAGAUCGCCUCAUCCGGAGGCGAAUUGACAUUCGUGACCGCGCCAGAAUUCGUUUGAGCAACGGCCAACGGUCCCCAGCACCACGUGUCCUGGAUGGAGACAUCUUUUCGGCUUUCGUGCGGUUCGGCCUUCAGAUGAUGACCUUCGUAGACACCAGACCGUAUUUAACCCACGAGGUAGGAAGAGUAAAUGCUUCAGACACGAUGGCGAAAAUGCCAUCCGAGUUCUUCAGUUUGGUUGAAGCAACUUACUUUUGGGAAUACGUGGUCAGGCGAGCCUGCCACUAUGUCAUGUACGCGGCAGUUCGAAGCCAAUCAAACAAUAUCAUGCGAGAGUUCUCGAAGCCGUUCUCUGGUAGAGUCUUAGACAUGACUCCAGAGACCGGCAUUUAUGGCUCGCCAUAUAUCGUACCGCCAGGGCUCCAUGCCGACAAACAAUACCACACAGACGAACUCGCUCGCUGGUGGACGGCAUUUUUACCACUUUUAAGUCAGAUCCAAUCCUCAUCAACAGACCUCCGAGCGAGAACAGGAGCUUUGAUCAUGCAGCUGUACGCACUCACUAUCAAAAUCGUCGUCGAAGGAACACUCUUUACGACCGAAUGCUCAUACGACAUCUUCUUACCCGAGUUCAGAGAGAUGGUUUCUCUAUGCCGCCAAAUCGACGACAAUUUCCGCGAGAUGUCCGAGCAUCAACCCUCCUUCCACGUCCAUCUCAGCAUUGUCCCGUGUCUCUUUACCACUCUGCUUCGGUGCCGAGAUCGAAGUCUACGCCGGGAAUGCAUUGAUAUUCUACGUACCUCGCAACACGACGGGCCAUGGGAUCGCUUUAUAAUCGCUGCUCUCGGCACCUGGAUUAUGGAGCUAGAAGAGGCUGGCUCUGAUACGGAAUAUAUCCCAGAACAUGCGAGAGUGCAGUUCUCGCGUGGUGUGAGGAGUAUGGAGACGCGGUUGGUCAUGGUUCAAUGUGUGAGGCGUGACCGCUCUCCGGGGUGGGAGACACGAGAACCGAGUUUGAGAUGGGAAGAGAUGGCCAUGAAUGCCGAAGCCCAUCUUGAAUGGAUAGUAAGCAAUGACCCGCUCGCUGGCCUCGCUUGAAGUAUAUGCCUCAAGCUUGGAUGGAGUAUGAAGGGAAGUGAAAUAACGCAACAGCUUGACAGUUGCCCCAAGGAAUAAGGCAACAAAGAAUAAGAAAAAGGACACUGUGUAAAACCUAUACAAAGCUUUGAGAAGAGUUGAUUGAACUCAACGCCAUCAUGUCCUCUGCAACACUUCUGUCUGUCUAGUAAACUGCUCCAGACCCUCCCCCUAUUUUGCGUUCAGGCUUUUCAUCUGCACCACU